GCGGCGGCCCCCGGCGGUCCCCGGCCAUGGGGGGAUGAGCGAUGGAGGGGCCGAGCCCGGCGGGAGCCCCGUGCUGCUGGCCGAGCCCGCGGCCACCGGGCGGGCCCGGGAGAAGCUGCCGACCCGGGCGGAGCUGGAGAGCGCCCUGCGCGCCGGCGGCGGCGGCGGCGGCGGCAGCGGCGGAACCGCCGGCGGCUUCAAGGACAUCCCGGGAACGUCGGCGGUCAGCCCCGGCUCCUCCAAGCAGUGCGCCCCGGACACCGAGAGCCCGUCGGGGACCGGCGAGGCGGAUUACUGCCGCCGCAUCCUGGUGCGAGAUGCCAAAGGGACGAUCCGUGAGAUCGUGCUGCCCAAGGGGCUGGACUUGGACCGGCCCAAGCGGACGCGGACGUCCUUCACGGCGGAGCAGCUCUACCGCCUGGAGCUGGAAUUCCAGCGCUGCCAGUACGUGGUGGGCCGGGAAAGGACGGAGUUAGCGCGGCAGCUCAACCUCUCCGAGACGCAGGUCAAGGUGUGGUUCCAGAACCGCCGCACGAAGCAGAAGAAGGACCAGAGCAGGGACUCUGAGAAACGCUCCUCCAGCACCUCCGAGUCCUUCGCCACCUGCAACAUCCUGCGGCUGCUGGAGCAGGGCCGCCUCCUGUCCGUGCCGGCCCCCCCGAGCCUCCUGUCCCCCCCUUCCAACCCUGUCGCUGUCGCCAGCCCCGCGGCCAGCCUGGCGCCGCCUGUCCCCGCGUCCCCGCCGGGGCUGGGCACCAGCAGCCCCCCGGCCCCGCCGCCUUUCGGCCUGCACGUCCCGUCCCUCGCCGCUUCCUCCUCCUCCUCCUCCUCAUCCUCUUCCUCAUCCUCGUUGUCGUCGUCGCCGCGGCUGCCGGGGAGGCCGCUGUGUUUCGGGGGGCCGCUGCUGGGCGCCCUGCACGAUCUGCCCGCUUCGUACCCGCCCGGAACCUCCGCGUUCGAGCCUUACACGCGGCUGGAGAGGAAGGACAGUUCUAUACCCAGCAAGAAGCCGAGCCCUUAAAAGGAAAAACUAAAACAAAAAAACCCAAAAAACCCCAAAAAAACCUAAAAAAAACAGUGUCAAAAAGUGUCACCUCCCCCCCGCCACACCAAGCCCAGAUUGUCCCCUCCCCAAGUGGGAAUUCCCGCUGGGAAUGGGCGCCCCCGGGAAUGGCAGCUCCCUCCUGGCGGGUGGAGGCGCGGAUGUCGCCAGGAUAUGGCUGGUGACACUCCGAGGUGUCGCUGUCACCAAAGCCCCGCUCCAGGUAUGGGCGAGAGGGGACAGGAGCAGCGGGAGGUGGCGCUGGGACACCCUGGGGUGUCUUUUCCCGGGGGGACAAAAGGGACAGCGCGAGGUGACACCGGGCUCUGUCCCCGCGGUGUCCUCGGAGAAGCGCCGUGCCUCAGUUUCCCCGCGGUGACCGCAGGGUCCCGGCGCUGCUCCCGGGGAGGGGAUCUGUCCUCCGGUGUCCUGAGUGAUGUCCCAAAUUGUCGCCGUGCUGGGACACCCGCGGAGCCCCAACACUGCCCUGUCCCUUUUUGGGGCUGUCCCUACAGGGGGGCUGUGGGUCCCUGUCCCGUCCCGCUGGGUGACAGCUGGGGACAGUGGUGACAGUGCCACCUGCCGCUCUGGGGCACCCCCAGACCCAUCCUGGGGUGGCACCGCAGUGACCCCGCGCUGACACUGUCACCCGCCACACCCCCCUUGUCACCUGUCACAGCCAGGGUCCCUUCCCAGGUCCCUGCGGGGCCCACUCGGGCUGAGGGUGGGGUUGGGGACCAGGGGGACUUGGCGUGAGGUGGCCCUUGGGGACAGGGACGGCUGCUGGGGGAGUGUGAGUGUCACCUUGGUGAGACACCCUGGGGUGGCAUCACGUUGUGCAGGUGUCCUGGGGUGUCACCACCGUGCCAGGACACCCUGGGGUGGCAUCACUUUGUCAUCCUGUGAUGGCAUUGCCUUGCCAGGACACCCUGGGGUGGCAUCACCCGGUACCCCGUGGUGUCACCUCCAUACCGGGACACCCUGGGGUGGCAUCACCCGGUACCCCACGGUGUCACCUCCAUACCGGGACACCCUGGGAUGGCAUCACCAGGUACCCCGUGGUGUCACCUCCAUACCGGGACACCCUGGGGUGGCAUCACCAGGUACCCCUCGGUGUCACCUCCAUACCAGGACACCCUGGGGUGGCAUCACCAGGUACCCCGUGGUGUCACCUCCAUACCGGGACACCCUGGGGUGGCAUCACCAGGUUCCCCACGGUGUCACCACUGUACCACGACACCCUGGGGUGGCAUCACCAGGUUCCCCGUGGUGUCACCACGAUACCAGGACACCCUGGGGUGGCAUCACCAGGUCCCCCACGGUGUCACCACCGUGCCAGGACACCCCGCGGUGUCACCACCCCUCAGUGCCACCCCCCGACCCCGCAGGGACACGGCUGUGACAGGACCAGGGGGACACCCCGAGCCCCCUCCCCACACCCAGGCCCUGCCCUGGGGGCUCCCCCCACACCCCCAAACCCGCUGCUGUUGAUUAAUUCAUCAAUCAAUUAAUUAAUAAUGAUCAUUAACACUGAGCAUCGUCGUCCCCCCCCCACCCCCGGGCUGCUGCUCCCCCGGGGCCCCGAAUUCCCAGGAUUUUGCAGGGAAAUAUUUAAAAUAA